CCAAGAUGUAGACCCUCAUGCAGAUGAAAAUGCUAUCUUUCUGCCUGCCGCCCCUCCUGUGUGCUCUCCUCCGUUUGCACUUUGCCUGCACAGACCUCCCAAACAUCACCCUGGUGUUUGACAGCACCACCCACAGUGACAGCUUGCGCAACUGCAGCUGUGCUACUGAAGUGCGCCAUUGUGAAGAGACACUGGCUAACCUUCUGUGUAACUGUGGCACUGUUCCUCGCUCAUCAUUGACAGCCAGAGGUCCACGGUGGGACAACAGGAGGACAGAUGGAACCUUAUCAGUGUGGGUGCACAACUCCUGGAUUCGGAUGGAGCUGUUGAACGGCAGCCAUGUCCUGGACCUCCACCUGUCUCUGUGUGCCCCUGCCGCACUCCUUGGCCCAGCACAGUAUCUCACCCUUGUGGGUCUAAAGAGGAUACAGUUGUACACUUUAGGCAAAGAGGCUUUGCACAGGGACCAAACAAUGAACAUCAUCCCUGGAGUGGGGUUGAAUGUGUGGGACAGUGGCCUCAGCAUUGCCUUGUUGGACGUUGGGUCAAUGUCUGGGGCCCUACGCUUGAAAGCCUACAGUGUGGUUGGACCCUCGCUUCAGGCACUUAAGCAAAACUUCCCCAACCUCACCCUCUCAGAAGGUGGUAUGUUGAGCAGCGACCAAGAGUGGAUCCACAAGCCAUCGAUGAUAACGUUUAUUUACUAGAACAGCUGGGAACCUUACAGUACCUGGCCUUAUCGAGAUUGCAACUCUACGACCUCAGAAAAACACCAGCUAAUGGAAUACUGCAGUGUUUUGUCAUCAUGAGAUCAUAAGUUGUAUCCCUGGUGAUGCCAGACCAUGCAUGGUGAUAAGUUUAACAGAGCAUGUUUACCCUUACAGUCUUUGGAUGGAGCUUCUGCUUCCACCAGCUGCUUAACAUGAUGCUAGACGGUGUAGGUGUUGUUCCGCUGACUAAAGCGGGACCGUUAGUGUUCUGCUUGUGUGUUGACCUGUCCAGUACCAUUGUAUUUGUACAUAUUUAAAAGAUGCAGUUUUCUGGCAUCACAUGUCUCAGAAAAAAGCACUUGUAUGCUUUAUCAUGUUAAUGUUAAUGGUUCAGGGUUAUUUUCUCACCUCAAUAUAAGGAUAAUUAUUUAACUAAGACUUACAUGACUGACAUGACUGUGGAAAUAAUCCUAACUCUAAGAUAGCUAACAAGUAUAAACCACCAGACUAAGACCCCAUCCUCCUUCUCAUUUUUACCCUGGUUUGUUUCUGAGUGUCACCUUUCCCCAUUUGGAACAACAAAAUAAACAGAAAACCAUCUAAUCUAGAGGGAUGUGUGGGGGUCCAAGAAAAGAGCCAAACUGUCAUACCACAGCAACUCAUGCAGACAACACAUCAACCCAUAGCAACUCAUGCAGACACCACAUCAACAUAGCAACGUAUGCAUAUACCACAGCAACCCAUGUUAUGGCAACCCCAAGCAACUCAGGCAUAUACAAAAGUAACCCAUGCAG